GAAGGAUUUGGUAUAAAAUAAAAUAAGAUUUUAAGAAUUUUUUUUAAAGGUGUUUAUAUCGUUUUCAUAUCAAUUAAAAAUUGUGGACAACGCAGGUCUAAAAUUAUAAACGAAGCAAUUGAUUGACGUAUGAACUCGUUUUGGUAUAAGGGAGGCAGACGGUAUAAGUCUUCUGCAAUUUCAGAAUUAAUUAAAAAUGACAAACCUUCCACCAAGAAAAUUUUCCACUUCUAGCAAAACAUCUAAACAGGAUUCCACACCAUUACAAAUACUUUUACAAAUGGGAUUUCCGAAGAAUAGAGUACUAAAAGCAUUGGCAGCUACAGGGAAUCGUAGUGUGCAACUAGCAUCAGAUUGGCUUCUAACUCAUGUUAAUGAUGCAUUCAUAGAUGUUGAACAACCAAGAGAAUAUAUAUUUUAUGCCAGUCCUACCGGACCGUUGCUUACCCAGUUAAAAGAGUUUUGGGAAAAAUCUAAAGUUGUUUCUACUUGGAAUAGAGCCCACAAUUUUCCACCACACAUAACACUUGUCUCAUUUUUUAAGGCUCCAGAUGAAGCAUCUCUCCAAUUGGCAAAAGCAGUUAAGCAAGUGGUUGAAAUGGUUGGUGAUCCUCCAAUGAGUCAGCUCAAACUGGAACCAUAUGUAUCUCAUAACUUCAUGGGUCUGUUUUUAUCUGAAGAACAUGCAGAGUAUUUAAAAAAAAUUGCUGUACAGUUUGUAAAGGAAGUUUCUUCUAUAUUGGGUGUUAAAGUGGAUACAUAUGAACAUUUGGAUGCACUGGGUGCUUGUUUUCCAUGGUGUACUAUGGCUCAAGAGAAAGAUAUAUCUACAAAUCUCGAGGCACAUGUAAAAUCCUUACACAUAACACUAGCGUACCACUUUGAGGCCUCAGCGUAUGAUUCAUUGAAAAAACUUGUUGAGGAAUUAAGACCUGAGACACUGAGCAGUUGGGAACUGAGAUUGUAUUCCCGGGAUUCUCGUUUUGCUAAUCACCUGGUUCAUAAAGUGACACAAAGUUACGUUCCAGUAGCAAAUGAUGAAUUGGAACUAGUCAUUGGCGAUUAUAUUUAUAUUGAGGAAAAACAAUUUGAUAGCAGUCCAGACGGCUGGGUCCAUGGCACGUCUUGGCUCACAGGCGUGAGUGGCUACUUACCGGCUGUGUAUACGCAACGCACGGCCGAGUCAGACGCGUGGACGUUGCACCGCGCAAUUACUUUGGGGAAUAAUUUAGGUGCAGAAUCGAAGUCCGAGUCUGAAACAGAUGCAGAUAUGGCCAGCUAUCCGCACGAAGAUCUCGCCCAGGAAAAGUCCGAAGAUACCUACAAAGAUUGGGAGAAAUACUGGAAAGCUGUAACCUUCGACAAGGCUGAGGCCGGAAUUUUGAAUGUAAUAGGAGAUAGGGGGCUCGACUUAAAAUCGGAAAAGGCAUGUGGUAACGGCGACACUGCGUCAAUGGGGGACUGCAAGGAGGCAAAGGCGAAAGACGGAAAGGAACGUCGCUGGAUAUUAGGGAUGCGUCACGGCGAAAGGGUCGACUUGACUUACGGCGCUUGGGUGCCUUACUGCUUUGACGAUAAUGGGACUUACGUCAGAAAAGACCUUAACAUGCCGAUAAAGUUGAGCGAAAGGAAAGGGGGGAAAGACUCAUAUGCCCUGGACACUCCAUUGACUCGGGUUGGACACCUGCAAGCUCAACUGGUAGGUGAAGGCAUGCGUCUGAAUGGCGUCACAGUCAAACACGUGUACGCAUCCGCUGCGCUACGUUCCAUAGAAACUGCCCAUAGCUUCCUGCAGGGUCUACAGGCAGAUCCAUCUGUAAAGAUUCGUGUUGAACCAGGAUUAUUUGAAUACAAGAUGUGGUAUCAGACUAAAGGAAUGCCGACCUUUAUGACUACUCAGGAACUUCACGACGCCGGACUUAAUGUUGAUGUGAAUUACAAACCCUAUAUUGACUUAGACCCUAAUACCUCGGAGACCUUGGAUGAAUUCUUUAAACGAAAUGAAUUGGUUAUGCAGUCGGCUUGGAAUGAAUCGCAUGCAGAAGGUGGCAACAUUAUAUUCGUCGGACACGCGGCAACACUAGACUUGAUGGUGUUGGCAUUUAAAAGACUGGCUCAAGGCAAAACUGACGAACCGAACUACCAGAUCAGUCAGAAUCUAUUAAGAGUACCAUACUGUGCGGUUGGGGCUGUACGAGACAACCCUUGGGAGGUAGUUUCUCCUCCUUGCCCUCCGUCCAUCAAUUCCAGCUCAGCCAGAUAUAAUUGGAAAAUGCUUCUUGAUAUAUAAACUCCAUACCAGAGCCAGAACUCACGGAAAAAUUGUGAUUGUAUGUUUGAUUUGGAUAAGCCGAUAUAUAUUAUUAGGUGAUUACCUCAACUUACCUUUUAAGUAGGAUUUUGUUAGAAAUAGGUAAUCUUUUACAAGGAGACAGUUUUAGAAACUGAUUUUUGCAGGAAAAAUUGCAUUUACUGACUUAAAAUAAAGAUUUGUAGUCAGAUUGUCUAAUUGAACAUUAGUUAAAACAUGGAAACAAAUUCAAAGGUUACAUUUAAGUGUAAGUCUUAAUAUGUGUUGAAUUUUAUGUUACAAUUGUUGCCAUUUCAUCAAUUUGGUAAAUACAUGUAUGUAUCUCUCUCUAUGUAUUGAGACAGUUCACCUAAUUUGUGGCAUUUUUAUAUUUUUAGGGACAUGUUAAAUCUUAACGUAGUUUUCUUUAAUCCCGGUUUGUUUUAGUACAAAUACUAUUUCAUGAGUGUAGAUACUUAAAUAUAGAAAUUAAAAUCACCCUUAUUCCUUGUUAAUAUAAGGAAGGAUUUAUGUAUGGCUGAGGAGGCUAUAAGAUUAGGUAAAAACUAAUGUCAAUUUGAAUCAUUUAAUAUUAAAAUAUAUAGACCUUUAAACGCAUACCUAUAUAGACUUUACAAGGUCUAUUGAAAACAGAAAUGAACCAAAAUUGUUGCAUCAUGUUUGGAAAUACUACCUGAAUAUAGACUCUUUCUAGUCACUUCUCAUUUAUGGCCAAGUUUUGUAAGAUCAUACUAAUUUCUUGAUGUAGAUGGUCCAGGACCAAAUACAUACAACAAUAAGGUCUGGGAUUCAAUAUUGUCAGCAUGGCAUAGAAUUGUUUGAGUAGGAAGCCACGGAUGGCUGAUCUCUUGAUGAAUUAAAAAAGUGUCAAUACCCUUUGAGGGACUUAUUCUUUGUUAAAACUGUUUGUUAUGCUAAUUUUGACCCAUUAUUUUAUGUUUAACUAUGUAUUGUAUCAAUGUACUGAAAAUAUCUUAAUUAUAAGUGUAAGACAAGAAGAUUUAUUCUUUCUGUAAUAAAAAUAUAUUUUUAA